UGACUUGAACAGUCGUACAAAUUUGACCGAGAUCGCCUCGUUGCAGGACACGGCAGGCCAGGAGAGAUACAGGACGAUAACGACGGCCUACUACAGAGGCGCGAUGGGCUUCAUCCUGAUGUACGAUAUCACGAACGAGGAGUCGUUCAAUUCGGUGCAGGACUGGGUCACGCAGAUCAAAACCUACUCGUGCGACAACGCCCAGGUGAUCCUGGUCGGCAACAAGUGCGACAUGGAGGACGAGAGGGUGAUCACUACUGAGAGGGGCAAGCAACUAGCGGACCAGUUGGGCGUCCAGUUCUUCGAGACAUCGGCCAAGGAGAACAUUAAUAUCAAGACGGUAUUCGAGCAACUGGUAGAUAUAAUAUGCGACAAGAUGAGCGAAUCCCUGGACAACGAUCCGACCUUGAUCGCGGGUGGUAUGGGCCAGGCGAAGGGUCAACGACUCACCGAUCAGCCGACCAAUCCAACGGACGACAACUGUAAUUGCUAAGAACAUGGAUGGCCCGUUGCUCUGCAAUUGCUCUGCAAAGCAUGAUAAGAAAAAAAAAAAAAAAAAGAAAGGAUAACGAUGAAUAAGAAGAAAACAGUGAAGAACAUGAAGAUGACGACGAGGAAGGGAAAGGAUGAAAUAUUAGAAGAAAGAACGCGUGUAUGUCUGUACAUGUAUGCGUGAACGUUUGUGCACGUGGUCCUGUGUGCAUGUGGUGAGUGUGGUUAGCCGUGACUGUGUGAGGGGAAUAAGAGCAAGCGAGAGAGAGAGAAAGAGAGGAGGAGGAAGGUCGAGUGAUAAAACGUUGGCUCUAGUUCACUUUGUUCGUCGUUCCUUUGACCUUUGUUUCCCGGCCGUUCUUCGUUCUGCUCUCUUUCUUUCCUCCUUUCUCGAUCGAUAUAUUUAUAUAUGUGCACAUAAAUAAUGUAUAUGCGCAGGACGGACCGCGCUACUCCAUUUAACGAACAAAAAGAAGAAAAAAAAAAAAAGAAAAAAGAAAAAAAAAUUGCUUCUCCGUGUUGUUUAAGACGAUCUUUGAGAAUUCGAGCGUGAAAACACUGACGAGUCUCGAGUUGGACAAGCAUCGACUCGACAUCCUCAAUCCUACCCGUUUGUCGCUGACAAUUUUUCGAAGUUUGUUUCGAUUCCUCCCCUCUAUCGCCAUUUCGCCCAAUUUCGAAUUUUCUAAUUGGAAAACUAAUCUCAGCUAUCUUCUAACGUCCAUGCCCAAUUUGGGGAAUCAAAUUUCUUGAACGUCGCUGUACUUAAAUUCUCAACAUAUCCUCUCUCAUUAGACUCGUUUGACAAUUGACUUUUAACUUUCUCGCGACAUCUCUGACAAAUUUCAAUAGAAUUUUGUACACUUUAGAUACAUUUAACAUACACUCUAUGAUAUUUUAAAGUACCUAAUUUACAAAUUUCGUAGUGUCGAUUACAAAAAGUAACACGGAACAGAAAAAGACUCGAUCCCUACUGAGAGUGAGUUAAGAGCAGUCACUGGCUGCUACCAAAGGGCUAUCCUAUCCUCCCGUCAACGUUAGUAAACCAUUCCCUCACAGCCAAAAGAAAAGCUCCGCCACUCUGUCUCGUCUUUUUUUUUUUUUUUGAUAUUCAGUCAGAAGCUUGAAGAUCGAUUCACCGACGACUGCAAGAGCAAUUAAUCACGCGAUUCGCCCUGUAUACAUAUAUAAAUAUGUAUGACGGUUGUAGCCUGAUUACGCGGAGGUGCCAACGAGCCGAUUGCGAGCUGGCGUUGCGAUAAUUAUGCUUGGGUUCGACGGUGAAACUGGUGGGAAUGGUCAGGGAUCGUUUAUGGCUCGUUGAACAAAAACAACGUUGCCACGAUGUAACAAAUACCUGGCCGCUGUGACGAGGAAAAUUUAUAAUUCACCACGACACUUUUUCACGUGACAAAUUCGAAUCUGGUGGGCCAGUUCGAUGGCCCAAGAUGGGAACGCUGUUCACUUCCAACUUUCUAAUCGGUGCGCAAACAUACGGAAACAUCGGCUUCUCAAACGUUUGAACGUUCGGUCAGGGAAUUCUGCUCGAUUCAUCGACGUGAGUAGGACAAUAACGAAAGAGUUGAAGUGAAAUCGAAAAGAAACGAGAAUUUAUCUCAAGGGCUCGGUUUCACUGCGAGUGAUUCGAACGGACAGUCCGUGCCCCUUCGAGCCGUGUCUCAAGAAUCGACUGAUCUCGGCCGCCAUUUUUUUUUUUUUUUUUUGGUCGAUCUCUCCUUUCCCUGGAUCAGUUCGUUCCUUCAAAGAUCACCACAAUUCGUCUCGAGGGAGCACGAAUCGUUAGACAAACAGAUGGUCGUUUGGCGAUUUCAAGCGCGCUCGGAUCGACAAAAAACGUCUUAAGCCCCUUUCAUACCUGGAAAAUUGUGAGAUAUUGAAAAUUAAGAUCACGAUGUGUUUGUGAAGCGUGUGUCGACUUGAGUGUCGUCGCAUUUAUGACACGACGAGUGUGAUUUUAUUGGUUUUCGGAUGAAGUUACUUUUUCAAGUGUGAAUUGGGCUUAACGCAUUCGCUGCUAUCGAUGCAUAUCGGUGCUUCAAUUGUCGUGUAUGUGUUCUAAACGAUGGUGCUCGUGGAAUUAUUUCAGUUUGACACAAAUUUCAGACAGGUGAAACAACAAGCAGAGAGUGUUUAAAUAAAAAUUAUUAUUUAAAACAAAGUUUCUUUUUUAUGAGAAAAGAGAAAGGAAGGAACACGCAGCAAUAAAUGAAGAAAUAAUUUCUAAAGAAAUUUAAAUACUUUCACGCUUGACGUUGCAACGUUUGUACAUUGAAAUGUUAUUAAUCGAAUACAGGGUGUCCAGAAGGAUGCUGAUUUUAAUUCUCAAAAAUUUUCAAGCCGACGUCAGUCUUGUUUAAUUAACCUAAUUGCAUUUCUUUCUUCGUUAAACUCAAUUUUCCAUCGGAAAUUAUUUUUUGUUAAUUAACACGGUCGCAUAUAUUGCAUUCCUUUAUUACAUUCAAUUUUUCAGCUGAAAUUUUCCUUUUUAAUUAAAUUCCUCGCUUGUUAAACUGAAUAUCCGGAAAUUUCAUUUGGAAGCUUUUAAUCCGUUUUUAAUGAAAUGUCCGAUCGUGCAAGGAUGAACAAAUAGCAGCGAAUGCGUCUAUGCUCGAAAUCGUCGAUCGAAAGGAAUUUGCAACUCUGUCGAAGAAAAAGUUGCAAAAAAAAAAAAACGAGAAACAGAAAUCGAAAUAUAUCUGUACGUGUUGUAUUGUCAAUGGCGUUUCCUUUCUUCUUACUGGAGGAACUCGAUAUUUUCUGGAGGAUGUUCUACCUCGACCCAACUAUCUCGACGACGUCGAUCUGAUGCACAACUUUCGAAUCUUUUGAUCCUCGAAGGCUCGUUCAAAGCUCGGGCACCUGAGACGAUGUUAAUAGAAUUGUUGCGACGGCUGAAGUACGGUGACGUGGACGCUCGACGCACGAGCCGUGAAUAUUUUUCUCUCUCUCAUUUAAACAAAACUUUCUUUCCCUUUCUUCGAGAAAAAAUUUUUAGAAGCCUCGCUAUCGUUUUUCUCGAAGCUACGAACUCUCCACUCGCGGGCGGAAAAUUUUCGUAGCGAGUGACAGGAAAACUCGAGAAUUUCUCACGUUGAGAAAACUCAAACGUUGAAAGAUAGUGAAAAGUUGUUGAGAAAUGAUAGAAUUAGAAUAUCGUGUAAGAACUGAAAAAAAAAAAAACAAAGUAAUAACAAUUUGGACAAUUGUUUGAGAGAUCCUUCGGAGAAAAUUAUUGAAUAAAAUUUAUUUAUCAACGAUACUGAACGCUGUCGUUGACGUUUCAAAGGAUAAUUGGAAAUUUAUUAACCCUUAAUUCUGAGAAAAUUGCAAACUAUCCCGGCAAUUCAAAAAUAAUGAUACUAACUAAGGACAAUUGCCCAACGACACGAGUUUGUUUCAAUAAAACAAGAGGAGAAUGUGAAAAUCGGAUUAUUGUUUCUUAAGAUCGCAUGCGGAUCGAUCGCGGAGGACAGGUUCCAUUAGGCGAAACGGUGUCGGCCAUUUUGGUUGCGACGUCCGUGCGCGUCGAUGCCCCCAUUUCUCGAAACAAUUGUCGAAAAAUAUUCGUCGUGUGACAAAAGCACACACGCCAUUCUAAAGCAGACAUUAUUCCUCUUUUCUUUUCUUUCUCUUUCUUUUUUCGCAAACACGAUGUUCGUUCGAAACGUGAGACAGUUCAGAUUGAAGGGAUUAAGAACGAUCCGAUUUACUCGCAGGAACAACCAUCCGCGCACAUGCCACGUCGUAUUUAUAUCACUUGAACAAAUAUCGGUACGCUCGAGUAAACGUAUUCGAAAAAUUAAUUAAUAACCGGGGAGUUCGUUGAUUUUCUUCGUUGAGCGAAGAUUGGCAUCAAAUGAAAGAACAAAAUCAUUGGCACAGACCAGAUUUUCAAUUGUGAAAUUCUGUGCAAGUGUUUGGACAAUUACCAGCCAACUCGUUCUCGACAUUCCCUGCUUAGCAUUUCGAUUUGAUAACGAGAUUAGUAGAGAGUAAAAGCACCGACGAGCAUCCGGUUGGUAUUAAAUGGUGGUAAGUGUCCAGAUACUUGUGGCAGGAAGUUUGAAUCGGUGAAAGACGUAGAUUUUUCAAUCCGUGGUCGAUUAGAAAAUCGAUUGAAAUAAGAUUGAACAAGGAGAGAUUCGCAGUUGAGCGACAAAAAAUUAGAAAAGAAGUGAAAAGACACAGUGACCUGUUCUUGAACAUAAACGAAGAACCAACAAAAUUUCACCUAGAGCAAAAAUUACAAACUUCGAGAAUUAGAAAUUCUAUUAAAAAGAAAAAGAAGAAAAAAAAAUUGGCCUAUUUUUCUGCGAGAAAAGAUUUUCUAUCUCCUAAAUAUAUUAUAAAAA